AGCAGCCAGGAGAGGGGGGCGAUGCAGAGGAGCUCGUCGUUCCUGAAAGGGCUGCCACGGCCGUCGUCACGGCAUUUUCCAUUCAAGCCAAUGGUGACGGAAGACACGCCGUUGAUGGCUGGCCCAUCGUCGACCGACAACGAUCUGUUGAUCACAGCCAGCUGGUUCGUCGAGGACGCCUUCCUCGGUAUCUCGAGACCACACCCGGUGCGCACGGCGUUCGCCAGUCGCAUGUACACGCUGUACGCCGACAUGCACUACCUGCGGGGUCUGGCCGUGGUCAUUCUCUUGGCGUUGUCGUUCUUUGAAAUUCCGCCGUGGUGUCCACACUCGAGCGGCGACAUGCCAUGUGGUGACCCCGCCGACCCCGCUACGCCACUCUCGUUUAACAUGGCAUGGAUCACGGACUUUCAAAGCGUGUGCAUUGAAGCCUCGUGCCUGACCGUUCUCCUCUUCAACAAAUUCGUGCGGUACCUCUACCUGCGAGAGAACUUUACGAGCCGCAAGGACAGUGUUGCCGUGUUGGCGAUGAUCACGGCGUCGCUCUUCCUUCUCGUCGUUCGCGUCCUCUUUGCCAACACAUGGAUCGACGUGGUCGCGAGGCAACUCUGUGGGUAUUUUCGCGUGCUCAUUUUUGCAGUCAAGAACCGCAACGUCCGCCGCACAGCUCGCAAGAUCGGGCUCGUCUUGUCCGAGGUCCACACGAUUCUAUCGCUCGUUGUCGUGUUUGUCGUCUUUUUUGCGUGGGUCUCGACCAUGUUGUUCCAGGGCACCGAAGAAGGUGGCAAGGAGAUGCCCAACAUCUACGACGCGUGCUGGAACAUGAUGAUCUUGCUCACGGCCGCCAAUUUCCCCGACAUCAUGAUGCCCGCCUACGACAAGAAUCGCGUCGUCGUCGUCUUUUUCGCGUUCUUCCUGUGCUUUGGGCUCUUCUUCCUCCUCAACGUGGUGCUCGCUGUCAUCUUCAACAACUAUUCACGUAACUUGAAAGUGUCGGAGGCGGCGCGGCAAAAAACCCGCGUCACCAAGCUCCAACUCGCGUUCGACCUGCUCUGCCACGUUUCGAGCACGGCCAUCGUGCUGACUCAAGAGCCGUUGCUGUCGUCGCGCCGCGCACCGACCCCCAUGGCAACUUUUACGGCCAAAGAUCUGUGGGAUCACCGCCACGACGAGUGGUUCCUCGGCGAACCAUCGACGAAUGAAGGCGUUCCGUGGGACGUCAUGGAGCGGCUCUUUGCCCAGAUGAAUCAUUACCGCCACAUCGGGUACCUCAAACGGUCCAAGAUGCGGCUGCUCUUCGACACGCUCGACUCGAACGGCGACGAUAUGCUGUGCUGGACCGAGUUCCAGCACAUCUGCGACCUCCUGCACAUUGCCCUGACCAAGCGACCACCCAAGACGUCCGAGAUCGAGCGGUGGUGGCCAACCUUCCACAAGUCGUCGAGGUUCACGGCGAUCGCCCGAUUCGUGCGGCACAAACGGUUCGAGUCUGCCAUCGACAUGGUUUUGAUCGUCAACACCCUGUUGAUCGUGGCCGAGUCGUUGCCGGUCCUGAACGGGGAACGCAUGUCGUUCGUGCUCGAGUUCAACUUGUGGGAGCGGCUCGAGCUCGUGUUUUCGAUCGUGUAUUUGGUCGAGAUGGUGCUCAAAGUCGCGGUCCUCGGGACGUCGCGGUACUGGCGGUCCAUGAAGAACCGGUUCGACGGCAUCGUGACAAUCGUCAUCUUGGCCGUCGACGUGUAUGUGUACUUGCUGGAGAACAACCGAUCGUCGAUCGUGGUCGUUAAGGUGCUGCUCGUCGCGCGAUGUCUGCGGAUCUUUCGUCUCAUUAUCAACGUUGAGCAGUACCGCGUGUUUUGCAUGACGUGGUUUCGCCUCCUCCCGUUCGCCAAGAACUUGAUUGUCAUCAUGUUUUGCGCCAUGUAUAUCUUUGCGCUCCUUGGGAUGCAGUGCUUUGGCGGACUCAUCUCGCCCGUUGUCAUGACGGCGCGCUUCAACACGAGCGCGUACACGCAAGACGACUACAUGGCAAACAACUUUAACGACAUGGCGAGCGGCAUCGUCACGCUGUUUGAGCUGAUCGUUGUCAACAACUGGUUCGUUCUCGCCGAAGGACACGUCCUCGUGACGUCCAAGGUGUCUCGGUGGUUCUUCAUCGUGUACUACAUCAUCUCGGUCACGCUGUUGCUGAAUCUCGUCGUGGCGUCCAUUUUGGAAGCGUUCGUGGACGAGUACCAAGAAGAUGCGAGCAACGGAAAAUUCGCCGCGAACGACGACGACUUCAUCGACGACCUGUACACGAAAGACGAGCAGGAAAACUUGAUGAUGACGCCCGCUUAAUGUAUACGCUGCAUUCCGCC